GCCGGGCCGCCCGCCCUCCCCACCGCCGCCUCCGCCUCCCCCGAACCUGCAGGCGGCGCCGAGGCCGAGGAGCGCUCGCUGCAGCACAUGCUGCGCGCCAUAGCCGAGGAGCGCGGCCGCCUCAGCCUGCGCCGCGAGGUCUGCGGCCUCGGGUGCUUCAGGGAUGACCGCAUCGUCUUCUGGACUUGGAUGUUCUCCACCUACUUCAUGGAGAAGUGGGCCCCACGGCAGGACGACAUGCUUUUCUACGUGCGCCGGAAGCUGGCGUACACGGGCAGCGAGGGCGCCCUGGAUGGGAGGAAGCUGGCAGAGGCCGAGCCCGAGGUGGAGGUGGAGGUGUACCGGCGGGACUCCAAGAAGCUGCCGGGUCUCGGAGACCCUGACAUCGACUGGGAGGAGAGCGUCUGCCUCAAUCUCAUCCUGCAGAAGCUGGACUACAUGGUGACAUGUGCUGUGUGCACGCGUGCGGACGGCGGGGACAUCCACAUCCAUAAGAAGAAAUCCCAGCAAGUGUUUGCAUCCCCAAGUAAACAUCCCAUGGACAGCAAAGGGGAGGAAUCCAAGAUGAGCUACCCCAACAUCUUCUUCAUGAUCGACAGCUUCGAGGAGGUGUUCAGCGACAUGACCGUGGGGGAGGGAGAGAUGGUGUGUGUGGAGCUGGUGGCCAGUGACAAAACCAACACGUUCCAAGGGGUCAUCUUUCAGGGCUCCAUCCGCUAUGAGGCUCUCAAGAAGGUGUAUGACAACCGCGUGAGUGUGGCCGCCCGCAUGGCACAGAAGAUGUCGUUUGGCUUCUACAAGUACAGCAACAUGGAGUUUGUGCGCAUGAAGGGGCCGCAGGGCAAGGGCCAUGCUGAGAUGGCGGUCAGCCGUGUGUCCACUGGUGACACAUCCCCCUGCGGAACCGAAGAGGACUCCAGCCCGGCUUCGCCCAUGCACGAGCGGGUGACCUCCUUCAGCACACCCCCGACCCCCGAGCGGAACAACCGGCCUGCCUUCUUUUCCCCGUCGCUCAAGAGGAAGGUGCCCCGGAACCGGAUCGCGGAGAUGAAGAAGUCUCACUCGGCCAACGACAGCGAGGAGUUCUUCCGGGAGGACGGCGGGGGAGCUGAUCUGCACAAUGCCACCAACCUGCGGUCUCGGUCCCUGUCUGGCACUGGCCGCUCCCUGGUCGGGUCCUGGCUGAAGCUGAACAGAGCGGAUGGAAAUUUCCUUCUCUAUGCACACUUAACCUACGUCACUUUGCCGCUGCAUCGGAUUUUAACAGACAUCCUGGAAGUGCGGCAGAAGCCCGUCCUGAUGACCUAGCCGUGUGCGGAGCCCCCGCGGGGCCCCCAGCCCUGCCUGGGCCUGGGCCUGCUGCCAAGUGCCUACCUGCCCACCGCCACUGGGGUCUUCUGGGACCACCCAGCGCCAGAGCCGGAGCCAGGCGGGGCCACUGACUCCCGGGGCCAGGGCCGACUCCAUGAACACCAGCCCAAACUGAAGUGCCUCUUCCUCCUCCCCUGCUGGCUCUGCUCCUGCGCCUGCCCCCCCGUCACCCGCCAGCCCAUCUCUGGAGAACCGUCUGCACCCAAAGAGGACCAGAGAUGCCGAAAGGCCAUGAGAGAGCAGAGGAGCAGCCAGCAUCCAGAGAGAGUCCAGACCAGCGGACCCGAAGCUCACAUCCCGACAGACAGCCGGCGGCGACCACCCAGCCGGGAGCAUUCAGUGCGUCAGACUGUCAGCGCCUAAGGAACCCGGUUUAAGAUUGUGUAAUGCUGUGCGGAUGCCUUCAGCGUGCAAGUUAGUCCUGAUCGUCUGUCCUCCCUCGUUUACUGCUUGGUCAUCAGUGGGUUUGGGGAACACAGCUGUUUGAUGGUUUUGCUCUGGGCUGGGAAUACCUCACCCCACGCCCGGUUCCAGAAGGGCCUCGAGCUGGGCAGACAGGCCCCAAUCCCGCCAGAAUGGCCUUUGCUUCCAGCCAAAGAGCACCACCAACACACACCUCCAACCUGGAGAUAACCCGUCUGGGCCUCGGCUGGUGUGCCCCACAGCACUGGAAGCGGGUGGGAGGGCUUGGUAGCCAGAGGAGAAGGUGGAAUCUCUGCCAAAGGGUGGAUGGUGCAACGUGGGGUUGGCGUCCUCCCGGGAAGGGUCCAGGCAGAACCUCUGUCCCCUGGGGCUGGGGUGGGGGGAGUCUCAUCCUCCCUGGUUUCCUAGGCCUCAUUCCUUUGACUGGGUGUGCUGGCCCCCUUCCUCAGACCAGUCAUUGAGGCAGAGAGGAAAUGGCUUCCAUGUGGCAGGUCUGGUCUGUUCGAGGGGGGUGGCCGGCCGUCCAGUCCGGGUCUGGCCCAGCCCCAUCCGGCUUGAAGGUUUCUGGUGAUGACGGCGCGCUGUGCUCCUCUCAGAACCACGGGUCUUCUCGGGAGCAGAGGCUCCCCUACCCCACUGGGAUAAGCUGUCGGCUGGGCCUCUGCUGCUCUGGUUUAUGUCCUCAGGAAUACUUGAAGGAUUCCUGUUGCACGUUUAGGGGGGAAGAGGGAGAGGAGGGGGCUCGUUUACCCAUCCGUUUCUAUUCUGUGUGCUCCAAGGGUUUGCACUGGGCUCCGGGAACAGGGGACUUACUUUGGGGCUUUCUCCAGAUUUUGUAUGCUGUUAUUAAAAGCGAGCUAUUGCAUUUCAUUCUGCCUCAGUUUGCCCACCUGUACGUGGGGCUGAUACCACCUACCUCACUGAAGUCUCCAGGGUUCCAGCGCGAUCGCCAGCCCUUCUGCACAGCUCAGCUCAGGUCGGGGGUCAGGCUGUUGGGGUGCUUACCCUCCGCCCACACCCCGGUCACCCAGGCCAAGGAGGCACAAGCCGUGGGGCUGGGGCAAAUGUUCUUGCGUUCUCUGACAGUGCCCGGCUCAUCUCCGCUGUGCCUCAGUUCCCUACGCGACUUCAUGUUCCAAAGCAGUGUCUUAGGGCAGCAGGUCCCGCCCCGAAGUGUUGGCGCAGGGCCACCGGGAGCCGGGAGCCGGGAGCUGAGCCUGGCCCAGUGUUCCACGAUGCCCUCUUGAGUAUUUGCUGGGGGUGCCCAACGCUGCCCGCACGAGGUAGGGGCUGAAUUACAGCCUUUUCUUCAGGCUUUCUUCCCUGUCAUGUGGAGUUGAAGGCUGGAGAUCAGUUCUGGGAGAAAUGCAGCCCCAGGGGCCCUUCUGUGGAAGGAGGAGGUCGCCUAACACACGCGGAAGUGCAGCAGCCCUCCCUGCUCUCCAGAGUGAGGAGCCCGAGCCCGGUCCUCCCGCUGGACCCAGAAAGCAGCCGCCGCUCCUAGGGGCCCUGGGUGGGCUGGGCUUCUCAUCUGUAAAGGGCAAACCUAAGUUCUGCCCGCCUCGCAGGGGAGCUGAGGGCUAGUUGCCGCAGCGCAUGAGAGUGCUGACCGAUCUUAGAAGCGCGUGCCCGCGGUGGUUUAGCGAUCACAUGUCAUCUGUGACGCGUGUGGACACACACACACGGUGGUGUGGCUGCUUUAUAUCCAGCACUAUGUGGCACCGAGCAUUUACAGGCACCGUGCUAAACAUUUAGGAACUGUCGUUAUCCCCUUACCGAGGAGGACACAGCCACAGAGGGGUUGGCAGAACUGCCCGGGACUGAACAGCGAGCAGGGGGCAGGAGCCCCACCCAGGCACCCGGCCGGCCCCCGUGGCCAUGGAGGACACCGUGCUGCCCCAGGACAGAUGCGUGAGCGUUCCGUGGAGUCGACCUUUCUCGGGCUUUAAAUCCUCCAAAGGGUACUUCUGACGCUGAAUUUAAAACAUGCUUAGAGGCACUUGGUAACUCGGCAGUAAGCUGUUACUCUGAGCUUGCUUUUACCAAAGUCACAGAUGACAUCAGAAACAACGUAGCAGCAUAACCAGUGACGGGGCCGAACCAGGGCCCCAGCAUCCCUGGGUGGCCGGGUGCUGGUACACCUUACGUCAGGCCAGCUUCCGUUUUCUGAGAACGUGCCUGUCUUCUGGAUAACGUGGGGGUGGCCAAAGCGUGUGGACAUCUCUUAAAUGGGAGUGGAGUUAAGGUGCAGUUUUACUCUGAAACUGUAACCUCUGAGGUUUUUAGGACAUUAGUCAGAAAGUUACCUUCUAGAGAAGUGUCACGACAGGGAGCGCGCCGUCGCCUUCAGCACCUGAAGGCUGGGCAGUGUUUAGUCUCACUUCUGGCGUCUUACGGAACUUUCAGUAGCCCGUGAAAGCAGGUGAGGCUUGUUACUGCAAAAGAAGAAUAUAUAAAGCGUAAGUAAGAGAGAAGUAGUCCAAAGAGAAGAAAAAGCAAAAUAUUCUAUAGCCUGUCAGCUUGGAGACAGGGUGGGUUUUCUGACGCGUCAGAGCCUUGCUAACAUUUGGGCUUUUCAAGGACUGUGAACAAAUCAUCAGGACUCAAUUAGGCUUCUCUCCACGUGGAUGAUGAUGGUAAUGCCAGAAAGGCCUGUUCCUGAUGUGGCCCCCCGCCCCCAAAAAGAAUCUAGCUAGAAUCAAACCAUGAUCUAUUUUGCUGUUUAUCACAGACAGACUAGUCAGUAGACUCCUUUGAAGAAUGAUGUGAAACUUUUUUUUUCCAUUUAAAGACAUUCCACAGGGAAGUCCCUGUGGAGUUAGUAUAUUCUAACUUUUGAAAAACAUAUUUGACAUUAUCAUCCUAUGGUGGUUUUAAAUUGCUGGCCAAAAUUCUUUUAAGAUUUACAUAUAAAAGUCAACUUUUUAAUGAGCCUUAUUAAUAGGUUUCACUGAUGCACAUAUAUCCUGUUCAGUUUUCCAAUUUAGCUGGAAUUUAGUUUCAUAUCCAGUUUCAAAAACCAAGUAUCUUUUGAAUUAUGUUGUAUCAGAGAGCAGAAUUGCUUCUCUUUAAGGAGGUAACCGCCCGAAAGGACGCAGACUCUCAGAAGAAUGUAAGGGCCAGCCGACACCUGGCCCUGGAGCCCAAGUGGAGGGAGCCUUUGGACCCCUCCAGCAGCACUGCUCCGGGCCAGGUGGCCAGAGUCCCACCCCGUCCCUCUGGGAGUCGGGGGAUGGGUGACGGGCACUGGGGCCUCUUUCCUUUGUCCCUUUUCACUGGCUGACCUGGCACUGACGUGGCCCUCAGUGGAAAAGGCACCCUGCAGCCCUUCUUAUGAGCCCUGGAACAGACGGCCCUGGGGAGCUCCUGAGACCACGCAGAAGCCAGGUCACUUGAACGCCCAGCGGCCUGGGUUGGGCUCUGGGGUCUGGAGCAGGUGGAGCCUCAGGAGUGGAGGAGGCAGCAAGGAAAGUGUGUGUGUUUACAGUUUUCUCCUCUUCCCAGGGCGGACGCUGGAGCUCAGAUCAAGCCCAACGGGCGACGCCCCAGCUCUGCUGAGCCGCUGGGAGUAUCCGGUCUUUUGUUUCCCACUUCCUAGAAGGUUGGGUGAUUUAGGUGUAAAUAGUAAUCUUUUAUGGUUUCCAAAUGAGUUCUCUGUACGAGAAUAUGUAAACCUGCAAAGAAAACCUGUUGAGAUUUUUCACUACUUUGAGGCUUAACUACAAUGAUUUCUACAAAGUAUAUUUUAGGACAAACACCAUGACAACAUACACUGUCUGUAUAAGGACGCACUGUCAGUGCUGUUUCCAUGAGCACUGUCAGCAGCUUCUGAAUCAGCCAUCUUCCACGUGCAGUAGAAAUAGCUCCUAAGCAGUGUCUGUGGGUGGCUGCCAGCUGUGGUUUAUGCCUUUGCAUUUCUUUUGAAAGUUGAUUUGCAUGUUGGGUAUUAUUUAUUUUUCUUCUCUAAUGAAUCUGCACCUGGUCAUUUUUUUCUCUAAUGCGUGUUUCAGAUGAAACACUGUGUAGAUAUUACAGCAAUGUGUUAACUUACUGACUGAACCUUAAUUUCCCUCCAUUUCUUAAGCUUUUUUUGGAGCUUUAUCCAAGUUACUUUAUCAAAAGACAGAAGCCACCCUACACCCUGGCUUUGGCAGGCCUGGGAGUCAGCAAGGGGGCCUGGAGGCCAGCAGCUGCAAUUUGGCCAGAUGCUGCAUUUGCAAAAUUAAGUCAGAGAAGCGUUUCAGGCCCAGCUCUCGGCCCCCGUAGAGGACGACGUACCCUGCCAGUUACACUGCAGAAUGUCCCAGGCUUUUGCUAGAGAACCUCUUGAGCCCUCACGGAAGUGGGGAAAUGACUAGGAUAAAAGGAGCCCCAAGUUUCGGCAGGUCCCAGCAGGCUACCUGGUCUUCGGGGAGAUGCGUUUUGGACAGUGGCUCUUGGUUGCCUCCCGACUCUGCAGUUCAUCAGGUUGACGAUGAGAAUGCUCACACGCCGCUCAGACCGCCCCUGCGGGGCUGUCACAGGUUCGCGGUAGCCGGAAGCACCGCUCAGGCCGUACGCUGCUGCUUUCCGUGGUCAGAUGGACUCAUAAGGUGAUGGGCACAAAGCAGGCCUAAGACACUGUAGAAAGUUAUAGAAAAUAACAGAAUAAAAAGGGGGGGGGCUCUGGGAGGAACACAUACACACAUCUGGAAAUACAGGAAGGGUCAUCUCAUCAAAUGACAUCUCUCAGAAACAGUCAUUGCGUUAGAAACACCGGAGCCGGGAGAGUUCUCUGAACCACAGCAUCGCCGAGGGCAGCCUGUACAAGGUGGUCAGGAAGGAGGCAGUUUAGCAGGUAAAAAAGAUGAUUUCCUCGUCAUCCAAGUCACCCCCACCCCUUGCUGUUAACUAAUUAGGAGGUUGUUGUAAGGCAGAGUCUCUGCCCCGGAAGCUGCCUGCAGUAACUGCGUUCCUAUUAACCGCCUGCUCUCCAAGGCUGUACUGCUGUUUCACUUCCUUUAUCCCAACCUAGAGACACUUUUAGGAACCACUGUCAUGGCCCAGCUUAGGGAAAAGUGGACUGGAAGGGAGAACCUUGGGAAUUGUAUACCGGGAGGAGGGUAAAUGUGGAAUGACUUAAUCUACACAGUAACGCGGUUCAUUGUACAUAUACAUGUUGAAUGUGUAAACCUGCUGUGCUUUGUGCUUGAUCGUUAACAUGACACAACAGCUGGAAAAUUUCUAUGAGGAACGGAAAACAUUUGUUUGGGGAUGAUCAGACAACAGGUGUCUUUUCUUUUGCUUACAGCUUCAUUACAUUCCCUCCUGACGUGGCUUCUGCAGAAGCCAGCCCUGUUUAACGAGAUCCUUCUUUCCUACUUGUGGACUGAGGUCAUCUUGGAAUCUGACUUUAAUAAAACGGUUAGGUUGCUCAAUUUGAAA